AUGGCGACGUGGAAAGAACAAUAUCUUGCAGCCUUGCAAGCCAGAGACAAGGUGGAGAAAGCAAACCUGGAUCUCUAUGACUAUUGCACCAAGCUUGCAGAUGAGAAGGCUGAGCUGCAGCGAAGGACAUCUGCCCUGGCGCCGACGGAAGAUGUAGAGCCGGUCACCUCCCCGCAGCCUUCACUGAUGGGCAUGGGCAUGGGCUUGAGGAGGGUCGCGUCGCCUGUUGCUAGUCCUGAUUCUCCUUCGCUUGCUCAGAUGCGUCAAGACCUGGCCAAAGCACAACAAGAACGGAGCAAUCUUCAAUCUCGUCUAGAUACUGCUUUACGAGAACUCGAGACAUUGAAAGGAAAGGCUAGAGCGGACAGCAAACGCAUCACUCAGUUGAAUUCGAACUUGUCACAGUUGACUAUCAAGCUGAGAGAUCGAGACGAAGAGUUGAAAGGCAAAGCCAAGUUGAUAGAAAACGUCCAAGACGAGAAUGUGACCUUGAAUCUUCAACUCAAUAUGGCCGAGGAGCAGUCCGGCAAAUUGAGAAAGGAAAACAAGGAUCUUGUUGAUCGAUGGAUGGCAAGAAUGGGCAAGGAGGCUGACAGGAUGAAUGAAGAAAACAAAUUCGGCUAA